AUGGAUGUCUUUGCAAUGCAAGAAAUAUGUCCUUAUGAAGUGGCCGCCUUCGGAUAUUCGAAUUUUUGUGGUUUAUUCACAAAACAAGAAUGGAUUAAUUUCGACUACGGUAUCUCACGUCGAUUGUACAGAGAAUUCUUUUCUGAAAACCCAACUGAUCGAGCACAAGGUAUCGGAUAUGUUCAAGAACUUUUAGCACGUCUUAAAAACGAAUAUCUCUUUGUCAGUCAUACAUCAGUGGACUCAACUCUUGAUAAUAAUCCUACUACUUUUCCAUUGGGACAACCAUUCUAUUUGGACAUGACUCAUGACAGCACCAUAAGUACAGUGUUGCUUGCUCUUGGUCUGGACUAUUUCAAAGGUCCUCCUACUGGUCUUCCUUACAAUAUUCCACAUGCACCAAAUCCACCUAAACAUUUUCGAGUCUCAGAUAUUGCACCAUUUGGAGCUCGAUUAUACACCGAAGUUCUAACAUGCUCUACACCGAAUCCUAAAGUGAACAAAGGACAUAGGAGAGCCAUUUAUUCAAAUUUAAAUAUUAGAAAUGGAUGGACAUUCAUUCGCAUGCUACUUAAUGAAAAACCACUCCCACUUCACACACUCGGUUGUCCUUAUCGAUCUGAUGGUCUCUGUUCAUUAAAGGAUUUCCUUGCAACACAGGAAGAGAGUACUGCCAAAGCACAAUAUGCUACUGCUUGCUUUGGAAAUUAUGUUGUAAAUGAACCCAUAACUUCACAAGCUGCAAAUGGUAACUUGGAUGAUUGUCCUAAGAAAUGUCAUAAUUGGAGAAAAUUAAUGCUUGAACUUCUAUUUAAUAAGUACCUCUUGUCGUCGCAACUCGUUUAA